AUGGGCUCAACGGCACAGACACAGUCAACUCCAGUGCAAGUCACCGACGACGAAACUGCUCUCUUUGCCAUACAGUUAGCCAGUGCCUCUGUUCUCCCUAUGGCUUUAAAAUCAGCUAUAGAGCUCGAUCUUCUAGAGAUCAUGGCCAGGAACUGUUCUCCCAUGUCUGCAUCUGAGAUCUCUUCUCAUCUUCCGACCAAAAACCCCGAAGCUCCGGUCAUGCUUGACCGUAUCCUCCGUCUUCUUACGGCUUACUCCGUCCUCACUUGCUCCGUCCGUACACUUCCCGACGGCGCCGACGGGCUUUACGGGCUUGGUCCAGUUUGCAAAUAUUUCACCAAGAACGAAGAUGGUGUCUCGAUAGCUGCUCUUUGUCUCCUGAAUCAUGACAAGGUCUUCAUGGGAAGCUGGUAA